CUUCCAAGCUAGCCGAGUACCCAGAUACUACGGUGAGUCAUGAGUAGACGCUGAGUCACGUCCAAGCUAGCCGACUACCCAGAUAACACGGUGAGUCGUACAAAGACGCUGAGCUACACCCAAGCUAACCGAGUACCCAGAUAAUUACCAUGCAAAUUACAAUUACCCUGUAAUUCAUUAAGGCUGAAAAAAUGUUAAAAAUAUCAUUAUUAUUAUCAUGAUUAUAAUCUAGAUAGAAAAGUUUCUAAAUUUAAAACUAAGAUAAAGAGAAUUAAAGAGAAUGGAAGAGGACACAGAUAUAUGACCGAUACAAAGAAAUGCAAUUUUUUGUAUAAAUUAUUAAAUUAAAAAUCUUGAAAAUCCAUAUCUUUUAAUUUUGCCCCGAAAGGCAAUCAGCAAUUAGUCUAUACCAGGUCAUGAAUAGAAAAAUGAUCAAAUAAUAUAUUGGAGAGGAGGUAGAAAAUCAAUUAACGAGUCGGGAAAUCUACAUUCCGUGGAUAGACGUGAGCCCGGAUAAUAUAAUCUGUUUUGUUCAUUCGAGCGUCCUUAUGAGAUUCGCGGCAUUCAGCUGGCACACUCUUCCAUCGAGGCAUGUCCUUCCUGUGCGCAUUUCAUGUGUACACAACCUGCAGUCGUGUCACACUUGUAUGGAAUGUAAUCGUAUUUGCCGUCAGGUGUAAACGGACACAUCCCCGCUAUGUAUGGCUUUAGCAAGCCAACCCUUGUCGCUACACCAUUCACACCUAGAUAGCGCAUCGAACGUUUUAUUCAUGUAUCGUCAACAUGAUGCAGGCGUAUAAGUUCAAACAAAUACUAAUCACGUUUUUACUGUCAGUGGGAACAAAUGCAUUAAUUUGGCCUCGCAUAAUCUAUAUACAUUUCUAUCAAAUGGCUGUCGACCAAUGCAAACAUUUCCUCAACUUGUUGUCAAGUUUAAGCGUCGGUCGACAAGAUAUCGGGUUUACGCGGAUGAAUGGAGAAAAAAGUGGCCGGUUAAAUGAAAGCCAUGACGCCCUCAUUAAUGUGUCCAAGAAAUGAAUAUGAAAUGUUUUGUGGGUGAAAAUUACGUCGGCGGGAAAUCAGUGUAUAACGUAACCAAAUCGAUCCAUCAGCUAAGACAGAUCAAGAAAUCUUGGCGGGUCUGAAAUUGUGAGCAAUCUUAACUGAUAGACCCUGAAUACCCAUUUCGCAGAGUUGGGCUCGGAUGUGCGCACGAAAGGAAAUUGAAAAAAGGACAUCCCGGCAACCAUCAACAGAAAAAACAAAAACAAAGGCAGAGAUAAGCAGCAAAUUUACGCGCUAUUGAACUAAAUGAUAGAGUGUGAAUGCGAAGAGAGAAACAACAAAAGACUGGGAUUAGCGGCGCGGUGUUCUCCUCUGGGAUCUUCAGCCAAUUAUAUCUACUCGGAGAUCCGAUCUAAUUGCGGUGAAUUCGUUUGCUAGAAAAGGUCGCUAGUCUUGGCAGGGCCAUGGCGGCGUUGAACGUGAUAAUGAAUGGUUCAACUGGUUCAGCUAUAGAUUUCUGCCGGCAGCCUACGCAGUCUUCUUACGUAGCCCAGACGGUAUUCUUGUCGGUAAUCUUCGUCAUUACCCUUCUUGGAAACGCGACUGUGUGCUUGACUGUCUUUUUGACUUCAAGUCUUCACGCCUUUACCAAUUACAUCGUGGCGUCCUUGGCAGUGAGCGACCUGAUGGUUGCCCUGUUCUCACUGCCAUUCCGCAUCCACCAGACAGUACAUAACACACAUUGGUGCCUCGGAGCGAGCGCGUGUGCGUUUUGGAUUUGGGCGGACAUGUUUUGUUGCUGUGCGUCUAUCAUGAACCUUGCGCUUAUCUCUCUCGACCGCUUCCUGGCCACCAAGUACCCUUUGAACUACCAGGAACUGAUCAACAGAGCUGGUAAAAUAGCCAUGGUAGUGACAGUUUGGCUGUACUCAUUUGUGGUUGCCUCACUCAGUUUGAGAAACUGGACAUCACCAGAGGGACCACUAGUGAAGACCAUUAACGGCUGCUUUAAGCCUGACCCUUAUUUCUACACAUUUGCAGCGGCACUUGGUUUCUUCCUGCCUCUGAUAGUGAUCAUUUUAGCUUACUCGUAUGUCUUCCGAGUUGCUGUAGGACACUGGCGUGCUAUAGGGAGAUUAACAGUUCCCGCGCAUUCGGAUACUACCACCCAGCGAAGGGCUCUAAGCCGCGAAAUCAAGGCCGCCAAGACUCUCGCAAUAGUCAUUGGCGCUUUUACCCUAUGCUGGAUGCCGCUAUUUAUCAUUAUUCUCGCGACCUUUUGGUGUACUGGAUGUUUCAAACCUCAGGGCGAUUCUAAUCUUGCAGGAUUUUUCAUGUUCGUGAAUAUAACGUUCGUGUAUACUCUUCCGAACAUCAACAGCACGUUGAACCCGCUUAUUUAUGUGUUGUUCAGUAAGAAAUUGAGGCAGGCAUUUGUGCGAAUGUUUGAAGCCAUUUGGGCGAAGAUAAGUGGCGCGAACGAUAGAAACCUGAACCGAAUCAAUCCCGAUACAAGCCAAGGGCUAGACCGGAGCAGUAACACUGUCUUCAACUACAGAAAAUCGUUUGCAACGAGCAGUAAUAGAGACAGCUAGUAAUGUAGUAGAACUUGGAUACAUUGCUGGAAAGUUUAAACGAGAUGAGACUGUGAAAAUAAAACCAAAAACGGACAAAUCUUUUAAAAAAGCUAGUGUUUUCAUUUAAUGCUAUUAGAUGAAUGUAGAUUUGAAAUAAAGCUGAAAAAAAAAAAGAA